UUCAUGACUUAUUUUCUGCACACAUCGUUGAAAGUUCGAGGGGGUUGAACAAGGCAGAUUCCAAUGAUUCAAUGCGAUUGCAUGCAGUGUGAUUAUUUUAUUCUAGAAAAUCGAAUUUUUCCAUUGAUUGAUAAUGCAAUCCAAAUGCUGAUGGUAUUAUUGAAGCUGUUGGAAUGAUGUCGACGCAAUUGAGGAAACAAAAACAUUUUAUUUAAAGAGUAAAUACAUGACGAGUUUAAUUUGAACUAAACGAAAAUAAACAAUUCAAUUAUCACGCGAUUGAAUUUUAAGAUUGAUGCUCACUGUAAAAUAACUUCCACGGUUUAUAUGUUAGAAACAAGCCAAUUCGGUUUCAUUCGGUACACAAAUAUAGAAGAUAACCCCAAGAUGUGACUAAGUGAAUACGCUUAUUUUCCAUACGAUCUUCGGACGACAGCCAAAAAAAUAUUGUUUUUGAUUGACAACAACAUUGUACUCAUAGAUGGGUAUUAGCUAAAUCGCCAUGGCAAUGGCAUUGAUAAUGGACAUUGAAUCAACACUGAAUGACAAAUAAUGUUUCUUUGACUGAGGUUAUCAUCAAUAUUCCGUUAGAUCAAAUGAACGAAUCGUAAAUUUGGUUUUGAAACGGCGAUAAGCACUAUAAAAGCUCAUUUUAACUUUCAUCUAACUUUAGUCAGUGUUAAGAAAAUGAGAUCGUUGGUGCUAUUUGUGAUAUUGGCUGGAUCAUUUGCUUUCGUAAAUGCAAAGCUGCCGCUGAAGCCAGCAAAAUUAGAUCCAAAAUCAAUUGAGUUAAAUGCAUUUUUACGAAAACAACAAGUGAUUCUGGAUGUGUUCCAACAUGUCCAUCAAAAUGAUACACAAAAUAAGUUGUAUGCCGAUUCCGAGAACGUGGACUGGACAACUUUGGGCGAGUGGUAUGAGGAUCCAACAGUUGUGAGUAAUUAUGUGAAACGACAAGAAAUCGGAUUGUUGGCGCGAGGCGAAGAAUUUUCCGUGCUAAAAAAAUCUCACAUCGAAGAGGCGAUUGCUCUUUUCCGUUUGUUACAUCAAGCCGAAAAUUGGGAUACAUUUUAUCGUGUGUUGGUGUGGGCCCGUUUCCAUGUAAAUGAAGGUGUUUUCAUUUAUGCAUCCACUGUUGCCAUUUUACAUCGACCAGAUAUGGAAGGCAUCGUUCUACCAGCACCAUACGAAAUCUAUCCAUACUAUUUCUUCAGUGCCGAGACCAUUCAAGAAGCUCAAACAAAUAAAAUGCAAGGUUUCCCAACGAGUAAAAAAGCCGCCGAGACAAACGAGCUUAUUAUUGAAUCGAAUUACACCGGGUGGAAUAAACGAUCGAACCCAGAACAAGUGUUGUCCUAUUUCACAGAAGAUAUUGGUUUGAAUACGUGGUACUUCUACCUACAUGCCGAUUACCCUUUUUGGAUUGACAGUAAAGACUCAAUUUUCAAAAAUAGACGUGGCGAAGUUUAUUUGCAUACCCAUGCACAACUUUUGGCUCGUUACUAUAUGGAACGUUUGUCAAAUGGUUUGGGGAAAAUUCCACAAUUUUCAUGGCGUGUCCCAUUCCGCACCGGCUAUAAUCCAGCACUCGCCUACUACAAAGGCUCAUCGUUCCCUGUGCGCAACAAUUACUACAGCACAUACAACGAGGAAACAUACUAUUCGAUUGAAAAGCUCGAAGGUUUAGAGAAUCGCGUGAAAUUCUCCAUCGAUCAUCGCUUCUACACACUGCCAAACGGAACGGUUGUUGAUAUCAGCAAACCCGAAAAUAUCGAAUACUUUGCCGAUUUGUACAAAUAUACACCAUACAAAAAUGAUAGCAAAUUCUUUGGUCUGUUGGAAGUAUUGGGUCGCACGCUUUUGGGCACAGCCAUUGAAAACUACAGUACCGACGAUUAUUUGCCAAGCGUUUUGGAACAUUUCGAAACUAGCUUGCGUGACCCAGCCUUCUACCAGCUAUAUGGCCGCCUGAUUCGUUACUAUUUGCAAUGGAAAACAAAACUUGAACCGUACACAGAAGAAGAAAUUGGUUUUGAAGGUGUCGCAAUUGAAGGUGUUGAGCUGGACCGUCUGACCACUUAUUUUGACAUAUUUGAUGCAGACAUCACGAAUGCAGUCGAUAUUGAACCGAUGGCAGUACCAGCAAAAGGACCACUUACCAAAUACGGUAAGAAAGCUAACAAGAUGGGCGAGGACUUGAUGAUCAAGGCAAGACAAUGGCGUCUAAAUCAUCUACCAUUCACAUUGAAAUUGACUGUAACAUCGUCAAAGGUACAAAGAGCUUCUGUCAAGGUAUUCAUUGGGCCAAAAUUUGACGAAGCUGGAAAUGGAAUCGAAAUCAACGAAAAUCGUGAAAACUUUUAUGAAAUCGAUAAAUACAUUGUAGACUUGAAAGCUGGUCGUUCAAUUAUCACGCGCAACAGUAAUCAAUUCACAUUCUACUCCAAUGAUCGUACCACAUAUUUUGUCCUGUACAAAACAGUAAUGACGGCCUUAAGUGGUGAAGCGACAUUGCCGGCCGAUUUCAGUCAAUCAACUUGCGGUUUCCCACAACGUUUGAUGCUACCGAAGGGUAAAAAGACUGGAUUCGCUGUUCAACUCUUUGUUAUCAUAACCGAAUACCGUUCACCAAGCACAUGGGUCAUCCAAAAGGAUUGGUUUAGUUCCAGCAAUUGUCGUCGUGACAUCGAUGCCAGACCACUCGGUUUUCCAUUGGAUCGGGAAAUUGACGAAACUAUUUGGAACUCACCAAACAUGAAGUACAUCGAAACAGCCGUUUAUCACAAAUCCGAAAUGGACAUCAACACAACGGCUUAGUAGAAAAAAUAAUCAACAAUUGUGCUAAAAAUAAUUCUCAUUUGUUUACAAUAUAUUUAGCCAUUGUAAAGCCAAUAAAACGAUGAAUACAGUAACAUUUUAA